AUGGCGCGGCCGCUGCUGAAGCUCCAGCGCUACUUCAGGAGGAAGCCCGUGCGCUUCUUCUCCUUCAUCAUCCUCUACCUGACGGCGGGCAGCCUGGUGUUCCUGCACUCCGGCCUCACGGGCCCGACGGCGGCGGGCGGCGGGCGGGACCCGCUCCUCCCCGAGGCGGCGCACGGCGUGCCCCGCGGCCGCGCCUUCGGCCUCAUCGGCAGGGUGUUCCGCGAAACGCGCCGGCCCAACCGCCGCUACGGCCCCGCCUGGCUCAAGGCCACCCCGCAGGAGGCCACGGAGAGGGCGGGCAAGCCCGGCGCCUACACCAGCAGCUGGAGCCGCGCCCUCAAGGGCCGCACCGCCAAGGACCCCGAGGAGAGCCGGGCGAAGUACAUCGGCUGCUACAUCGACGACAUACAAAAGAGAGCACUCAGGGGAGCAUCCUUUUUUGACUACAGGAAAAUGACUGUCUUCCGUUGCCAGGACAACUGCGCUGAAAGGGGCUACCUGUACGCCGGCCUGGAGUUUGGAGCGGAGUGCUACUGCGGCCACAAGAUCCAGGCCCCGAACGCCAGCGAGACGGAGUGCGGCAUGGAGUGCAAGGGGGAGAAAGGGAGCGUGUGCGGAGGGGCCAACCGCCUGUCCAUCUACCGCCUGGAGCUGAGCCAGGAGUCCGCCCGGCGCUACGGCAGUGCCAUCUUUAAGGGAUGCUUCAGGAGGCCAGACAACGUGACCCUGGCCCUCCCGGUGGGCUCCGUCAUCUCCAAUAUGUCUGUGGACAAGUGCGUGGACCACUGCACGGAGAAGGAGUUCUCUCUGGCUGUCCUGUCCGGUGAGCGCUGUCUCUGUGGGUUCCCCACACUCCACUUCACCCUGCACGAGCGUGAGGAUGAGGAGCUCUGCCUUCACCGUUGCCCCGGCGAGGAGUUCGAAAGCUGUGGCACGGACGAGUACUUCCUGGUCUACCAGACGCAGGUGCAAGAUAAUCGCUGUAUGGACCGCCGGUUCCUCCCGACGCGGUCCAAGCACCUGGUGGCGCUGGCCAGCUUCCCUGGAGCGGGGAACACCUGGGCGCGGCACCUCAUCGAGCUGGCCACCGGCUACUACACCGGCAGCUACUACUUUGACGGCUCCCUCUACAACAAAGGUUUUAAGGGCGAGAGAGACCACUGGAGGAGUGGCAGAACCGUCUGCAUCAAGACGCACGAGAGCGGCAAGAAGGAGAUCGAGGCCUUCGACUCCAGCAUCCUGAUGAUCCGCAACCCUUACAAAGCCCUGAUGGCCGAGUUCAACCGCAAGUACGGCGGCCAUAUUGGAUUCGCCUCCCAGGCCCACUGGAAGGGCAAAGAGUGGCCGGAGUUCGUGAAGAACUACGCGCCCUGGUGGGCCUCGCACACGCUGGACUGGCUGCGGUACGGCAGGAAGGUGCACGUGGUCCACUUCGAGGACCUGAAGAAGGACCUGUUCGCCCGGCUGAAGAGCAUGGUGCUCUUCCUCAGCCUGGAGGUGUGGGAGGACCGGCUGCUGUGCGUGGAGGGCCAGAAGGACGGCAGCUUCAAGCGCUCCGGCCUGCGCAAGCUGGAGUACGACCCGUACACGGCCGAGAUGCGCGCCGCCAUCGACCCGCUCAUCCGCAGCGUGGACGCCGCCCUGAAGAGGCGCCAGCUCUCGGGGGUCCCUGAGGACUACCGCCCGAGAUGAUGCGCGCUAGGCUCCGCCCCAC